AUGAGUAGGUUAUUUACUAAAACAAAGAAGAAACCUUUAUUUUUUAACAAACAACCACAAAUUGAAUAUAAUAAACAAGAAAAUGAUAUUGAAAAAAUCAAAUUACAUGAUUCAAACAAUGGUUUUAAUCCACUUAGUAUAAUAAAAGAAGAGGGAUUUGAUAAUAGUGACACAAUGAAGUGGUUUGACAAAAUGACAACUGACAGUGGAGAAGUGUUAUUAAAAAAUGAAAGUACCAGUAUUAAAAGUUUCAACAGUAUGACUUCAUUUCAAUUUUCACCAGAAGAAGAUGAAAUAGUCUCAAAUAAGAUGGAUGAAACUAUCCAACCAAAGGUGUUUACAGAAGCAAGAAAUGAAAGAGUUAUUUUAGAACAAACACAAAAAUCAGAGAAAGAUGAGAACCAAGUAAUUGAGGCAAAAGAAAUAAAGUGUAUUGAGAAUCCAAUCAAACAAGAAACAGACAAAGAAAUAAAUAAACCCAAAAAACAAUCUCAAGUUAAACCAAAAGAAAAUAAGAGAUCAAAUUUCCAUAUUUCAAUGAAAAGAUUUGAAUUUAAAAAACCUAAUUUAAUUUCAAAACCACUGAAAGAUCGAAUGAAAGAUUCAACUAAACAAAUCAGUGAAAAAUCUAUUCAUAAAUCUUCAGAUAACUACAACUUUCAACUAAAAGUAGAUCUAAAAGAAAAAGUACCAAACAGAAAUCAAAGUACUAAGAAUGUAGAACUAGAAAAAGAGCUAAGAAAAGAGUCAGAAGAAGGUUUUAAAAAAGUAUCUAAUAUUAAGAAGAUUAUGAAUUCUCCAGAUAACACAGAACCUAUAAGAAAUUCUAACAAUAAUGAAAUUAAUAUAAACCAAAAAGAAGUUGAAGAACAAGUAGUUAUUCAACAAGAAGAGAAAAAAGAGAUGUAUUCAUUGAAACGUAAAAUAGAAAUAAAGAAGAAAAGAAAA